UAUAUAUCAAAAACCAAAUUUCAUUAAAAUAAAAAAUGAUUAAAAUAAUAUUAUAUUAUUGGAAAAAUUAUGUUAAAAAAAACAGAAAAAGAAAUAGCAGGAGUAAUUUCUUUGUCUAACAGUUGUGCUAUUAAAUUGGCGCACUUCUGUCUUAGUCCCAACCGAACAGAUUCUUUGUCCAUUAAAUUGAUUCAUUAUAUUUUCCCCAAACUUGCAAGUUUUUGAAAAGAGAGAAAAAUGAUGAAGAAUAGUUUUUUCCUUCGCAAGUUCAUCCCAGAUUUCAGUAAUAUUUCUCCUCCAUCAAAGUUUUUGAAGCUUCAAUGCCUUUAUUUCUACACGUCCCAGGCAGCUUCACCAGUUUACAGCCAAGUUGGUAGUGAUGAUGAAUAUGCAGAUAUUGACUGGGACGCUAUGGAGUUCGGCCUCACACCUACAGAUUACAUGUAUACCACAAAGUGUACUCAGCAGGAAGAUGGUUUUCCUCAAGGACAACUUAAUCGGUAUGGAAAUCUUGAAUUAAGUCCUGCUGCUGGGGUGCUCAACUAUGGACAGGGCAUAUUUGAAGGAAUGAAGGCAAUCAGGAGAGAAGAUGGGCAGAUUGUGUUAUUCCGCCCUGAACAAAAUGCCCUCCGCAUGAAAGUAGGUGCUGAUAGAAUGUGCAUGCCUUCUCCUUCGGUCACUCAAUUCCUUGAUGCCGUCAAGCAAACUGCUCUUGCCAACAAGCGUUGGAUUCCUCCUCCUGGAAAGGGAUCACUCUACAUGAGACCUAUGCUCCUUGGAACUGGUCCAAUCCUCGGGCUUGGUCCUGCUCCUGAAUACACGUUUCUUGUCUAUGCUUCCCCAGUUCGCAACUAUUUCAAAGAAGGCAGUGCCCCCUUGAGUUUGUAUGUCGAACAAGAAUUUGAUCGUGCUUCUCGUGGUGGAACUGGUGGAAUAAAAACAAUCAGCAACUAUGGACCCGCUUUAAGGCCACUUAUGAAGGCGAAGACCAAAGGAUUCUCUGAUGUUCUAUAUCUAGAUUCGGUCAACGGAAAGUAUGUUGAGGAAGUCUCCUCUUGUAACAUAUUUAUGGUUAAGGAAAACACAAUCUCGACUCCCCCAAUUAACGGAACAAUUCUCCCGGGUGUUACCAGAAAAAGUAUCAUUGAAAUAGCCCGUGAUCUUGGUUACAAUGUGGAGGAAAGGCCAAUACCAGUGGAGGAAUUGCUUGAAGCUGAUGAAGUUUUCGGCACAGGAACAGCUGUUGUAGUUGCUUCUGUAGGCAGCAUUACAUAUCACAGUCAGAGGGUAGAAUACAGAACUGGUGAUAACUCGGUAUCAAAGAGGUUAAUGUCAACAUAUAAUGGAAUUCAAAAUGGAGUGAUGGAGGACAACAAGGGUUGGAUGGUUGAAAUUAGGUAGGGCUCCUACAGUUUUAGCCAAUAUUAUGUAUAAUUUGGAGGCUAAUGGCUCUUCUAAGCUCAUUCAUUUUGAGAUGGAGUGUCUGCAAAUUGUAAAGCGUGUAAUGAUUAAUGUACUUAAGCAAACAAAUGCUGAUUUUGUUCGUUCAA